AGAAAAGAAUUCCUUUCCAAAACAUCCAACAACAAACUAUUUGGCUAGUCGGUGGUCCAAAACUCUUUAUUUGAAAUACAAAAUGGACCAUGAUUUGGACGAGGAUGAGAUGGUUCCAGUGAAGGAUCUUAAUGGAAUAUCACAUGAGUUUGCUCUUCAUGUGGAUCCUAAUCAAGUGUUCAACCAACAACGAGCCGUUGUGGCCAAAUUAAGCCGAGACGACCUCGAGGAUCGAUAUCUUCGUCUAUUGGAGGAAAAUGUGGUGAUAAAAAAACAUGCUUGCAAGCAAGAAGACAAAAUCAAAAAAUUGGCCACGAAAUUGAUCCGAGUACUUUCGGACAAGAAACGCUUGGAAAUGGCUUCGGGAGGAGUUCCAACUCGGCAUCGUGAUAUUGAAACCGAGGAGUUGAUUGAGGAUCAACAACACAAGAUUCGGGAGUUGGAACGACAAUCCACUCAUUUAAGGGAGAAGCUCAUGGUCACACGACAACAGCUGAUGGGAUCAAAUUCGGGGAAGGCGAGUGUUGGUGGAUCCAAGGGUAAACCACACCCUUCUUCCACGCCAGUGGUCUCCUCUGGAAGUAGAAUGCCAGGUCAAGGUGGUGGGGCCUUGAGCCCAUCUUCAAUAACAAUGGUGGGCCCCGGGCCUUUAUUGAAUCAACAAGCUCAAAGGCUGUUGGAGGAGGCACGAACGGAGAACCGCAUGCUAGAAGAGACCAUCGUAGCUUUAAAAGAGCAAGUCAAUUUGUACGAACAGGAGACAGAGCAAGUCAAGGAACAACUGAGGAUCAAGGAGAGUAGCUACGAAGAGGAGAUCCAGAUUCUCAAGGGCCAGCUUCUUGAUGGCCAACGCCAUACAGCGACUGAAAAUAUUCAAUUGAUUCAACUACACAAGGAGAACAACUUGAAAACCGCUCAAGUUCAAUCGUUGAAGGCGCAAGUACAGGGCCUUGAGGAAAGCCUCGGCAAGCUCAAAGUGGAUUGUGAGCAAGCUCAAAGCGAGUUGAAGGAUGUGAGUCAGCAAUUGGAGGAAGAGCAACGAAAAGGGAUCAAGUUCAGUGAAGAGUUGGCGGAAAAUUCGGCAUCCAAGCAAGCCUUGGCCGAGAUUGAAGAGAAAGUCAAAGACCUUCAAAAGGAGAACGCCAUUCUUAGAGAGUCGAAUAGCAAACUACUAGAUUCCGCUUAUAAUCUUGAGAGGGAAAGACAGUUUCAAGCCACCGAAAAUGCCCUGAAGAUCCAAGUAGCUCAAUUAGAGGCCACUUUAAAAUCGGAUUUGAACGACAAGAAGGCGCUUCAAGAGGCACUUAUGAAGGAAAGAGAACAGUAUGCCAAGAUAGAAGGGGAAUAUCAGGAACUGCAAGGCAAAUACUUUGCCGUCAAGGAGAACAUCGAAGGCCAAGAGGAAAAAUUAGCCUAUUUCGCCAAGGAGAAUUCGAUUAACAUGAAGGAGUUGGAGGACGCCCUCUUGAUAUUGCGACAAAAGAACGACUCGGUCAAAUCUUUCCCGUCGUUUUUGAAUGAGAUCGAGUCUGGGAACAAAGACUUGAAGGUUGAGCUGUCAGAAGUUCAAGUCCAAUAUGUAGAGUCCAUCCAUGAAUUGGACAAGACUCGAAGUCUCCUCCGAGUUCAAGGAGAGAUUAAUGGGGAGCAAAAGAAUGAGAUCAAUGCCCUCCAGACCCGAUUACAGCAAGUGAAGGCCGAAUACCAAAGCCAGAUGCUGGAGUACAAGAAGCUUCUCGAGAUGAGGGCGAAUCGGAUCCAAAAGUUGGAGAACCAAUUGCGAGAGUCGGCUUAUGGAAAUCUUCAGAAGAAUUUGUCCAAGGCUGGCCAUGAAUCUGGGUCCGUGUUGGGCAAGGACACGUCCGUUCACAUCGCGAGUGGUCAAUCCUUGUUCGAAAUCCAUAUCCAGAAAGUCCAUUUGACCCAAGAGACCUUGGUUUUCUUGGGUCUCACGGAGCCCAAACUCUUCGCCACGUGGGCGUUUUAUGACCAUGAUCUCCAAUAUACUCCCAUGGGAAUGGGACCAGAAGCUGUUUUCGAUUCGUCUUCAUACUAUAAGAUCAAGUUGGACGACUCCCUUCUGGAUUAUAUUUCCGAGCAUUGCGUUCAAAUGGACCUUCAUUUGGUGGUGGCCCAUGAUUGUCGACACAUUGGUCAGACGAUGGUCAAACUGGGCGAGGUCUUGGAAUAUCCCACCAACAAGCUUCAUGGCUCAACCAUUCUCUACGGAGUGGGCGAAGCAAACAAACAACGAGUCAUUGGAACUUUGGAUUAUUGGUUUAAGCUUCAUACUGCAGCCACGAAGAGGAUCUUCGAGUGGAUCGAACACAAAAGAGAGAUCAAGAGGAUGCUUGACAAUGCCGAGCAAAAGCAAACGCUAACCGAAGUCAGCCUGUUGGAAGUAGAAACAAAAGCUCUCAUCGAGAAAAAUAUGACACUUCCAGACCCACCCAGGCCCCCUAAAUCGCAAGAAACAGUUCCUAAAGAAACGAAACAAAAGAUGGUUGGCAAUGCCAAGAGCUUAGUCUCCAAAGCAUCUCCCAAGCCAAAACCAAGAGGCAUGGAUGAAAGCCAAAACAGGAUUCCCGCUCCUAAAGACACGGAGCUUGAACCGAUGCCAAAAACUCGCAGCACUCCCAAAAAACCACUGCCAGUCACCCAAUCCAAAUCAGCGAGCCCAAUUCACGAAGAAAGCUCUUCUAGUGAAGAGUCUGAUGAGAACAAUGAAACACCUGUUCAGACCACUCUGAAACCACGUCCAAAGCCCAAACUGAACCAGCCCAGACCCAAAAGCGCAAAAAUAAUCACACUUCAACCAAAGCAACCUGAAAAGCCUUUAUGGAAAUCCAAUGAAGAGACCACGAGUUCUAGUUCAAGUAGCACCUCAUCUGAAGAGGACAAUACAGGCCAAGAUUCAAAGAAGCAGCAGUCUGCUAACGAAGCCCUCAACCAACCAACUUCAGCGUUGGCUAAUCCGACCAGAGUGGUUCCCUCACCUAGACCCACUUUUGUGUCGGGUGGAGGCAUUGGUGAAUCUUCGUCUGAAGAUGAAUCCUCAGAGGACGAGGAGGCAAAUCGACAGCCAUCCUCCAAGCCCUUGGAGCUUAUACUUGAAACGAAAAACGAAGAAGGGUCUCCUUCAGAGCCAUCACGGAAUAAAACUCCACAAACCCCAGAUGACCAUUCAGAAUCCCAUGAGAGGGAAAAGCCAAAGCCAAAGGGACGGCCAAAGAACAAAGAGAACUUGUCUAAAUAUGACACUGAAAGAAAAGCUGAAGAGGAGAAGAGUAUUGAUUCGAAAAAGGAGACGAAAGGAAAACAAUUGAAGACAGAUUUGGUAGCGGAAGUUAAGCAAGUUAAGGGGAAGGAUGAGAAGAAAAAGGAGGAAAAGCCAGAUAAAGGAAAGGAGGAAAAGCCAGAUAAAGGAAAGGAGGAAAAGCCAGAUAAAGGAAAGGAGAAAAAGCCAGAUAAAGGAAAGGAGAAAAAAGAGCCGAAGAAAGAGGAACAAGACACAGGGAAAGAGCCAACCAAAGACGAAGAAGAGGGACAUCAUGAAGAAGUGGAAGACCAAGAAAAGGAAAAGGAGAAGAAGAAGUCCGAAAAAGAAGAUGCGAAGAAGCCAACCAAGAGAAGCUUCUUACAACGCUUAGGUAGUAAAUUCAAGUCUUUGGACAAGCGCGAUGAUAAAUCCAAAUCCAGGGAGAGUGUUCAAGAGGAGAAACCCGAAGGAGCCGAGCAAAAUGACGCCAAGAAAAAAAAGGAGGUGAGUCAUGAAAUUGGCGAGACAACCGACGAUGAAGAGAGUCAGGAUGAAGAGAACCAGGACAACCCCAAGAACCAGCCACAUCAAAGUGAAGAUGAAGAAUCCAACGACGACGAUGAUGAUGAUAACGAUCCUGAAGGCGAUGAAACCAGCAAAUCCACUUCGACCAGCCACAAAACCCCUUCCCAAGUCUUGAGUGUCGCUCAACAAGGGUCAACCACUGGCACAGAUCAUUCCAUUUCCCAAGACAGCGAGGGCGUUGUCAUGCGACGCCAUUCCCCACUCACCAAACGAGCAUCGAUUCCCAAUUUGGACGUGGUCAUUAUCAGUAUAUCCGAAUUUCGAGUCACGAACAAGAAUGCCAAACUGCUGAAAGACGACCAGGUGGAGAAACUCUACGUGGAAUUCAAGUUCUUGGACGUUCCAGAUGAGGAACUCGAGACUCCAUUUUCGCUACCCAAGCCCAAGAAGCUCGGAGAUAGUAUUGUGUUCAAUUUCCGAAAGGUGAUCCCAUUGGACCGUGGUGAGCAAUCCAAUCGAAGACGUCUGUUCUCGAAAAUGCUCUCAAAUCAGGGGGCCAGUUCCAAAUUGCGAUUUACAGUGGUCUCGGAGCCUUCAGAAAAGGCCAAGUACUGCGACGAUAUCGGCAUCGCCGAGGUGGAUCUCGCGAGUAUUCUGAAGUCCAAGAAGGACCUCGUGGAUUGUAAUCUGGAGGUUCUCGGAGAAACCAAGAAGGGCACCGAACCCAUUGGCACCCUCACGGUAUCUAUCUUGGCCACAGAAGUGAUCAAAUCAUUGAAGUUGUAAUCAUUUACACCCCAAGACUUUGACCCACGAUCUCUUUCGCUUCCAUCUCCACCAUCCAGCCAGUCAAUCAUGUUGUGUAUGCACUUCACACUGAAGUCAAUUGCCUUGACAAAGACAAGUUGUCUUUGCGUACUACGACUCAACUACUUGCUGUUCAAUAGAUUUCAAUGAGCCCUUGGUGCGUUCGUACUUGAAGUUCGUCGAUAUCUCCAAACCUGUUCUUAAGUUUCGCUGCCAAAGUCCUCCUGGUACAGCGGCGCACCAUGGCCACCACCAUCCCUCCAUAUACCUAUACUGUACAACAACCAGUCCAAACAUGGCGUCGAUCUUGCCUUCCUGCCUUUUUAUAUUGAACACGGUGGUUAUAUUUAAUUUUCGAUUGGUUACUCAAAUGCCAAGAUGUCUUGGUGGGUUUUUCUUCGUUCAAAAACAAAGGAAGCAACUUUUGUCAAAAUAAAACGUCAUCUUUGAAAGUGGCUCAAA